GUCCCUUUCCCCCAAAAACGGAAGUGGGAACGAUAUCGCAGUACAACACUGUCUGGACAAGCUAUCUUGAAAGUCUAGUGGAGUUUGUAUUAACGUUAGUGUUUUUACGCGAAGAGAAAUUCAACCAAAUAGGAGAUUGAUGUCAUUUGGUGGACCACAAAACGGCAGGUGAGUUGAAAGAACAUAGAACGUUGUGUUAUGACGGUGCUUUUUACUGCAGAUUUGCUCAACACUGAGCAGCAGGCAGCACAACGCUAGCUAACUAAUGUGUAAUGGCGGAGUGCUUGUACGCUAGCUAACUACGUGGGGUGUGGGUAGCCAACUAGCUGUCGCUGCCCAGUUUAGAAAGAGUGGUUGGUUAUGACAUGUAGUUAGCUAAGAGCGCCGGGUGCUAAGUUUCUAUUUUGCAAAUUGAUGCGAGUUGGCUACCUAGCUAGCUAUUAGUUAGCUAACUAAAGUUGUUUUGGUAAGUUACAGUAACUAGCUAUGGUAGCUUGCUAGCAUUGCUAGUACUGUAAGUAAGCACAGUAACGUUAGUAACAAAACUGUUGGAUAACUAACUAACGUUAGUAAGUCAACAACAUUAAAACAAUCCACAGUGUUACUUCAAUUAAUGUUAACGUUAGAUGGCAAAGACUAAGCUAACUUGCUAGCUAGCCCAAUUAUGUAGCUAGCGUACCUUACCUAGCUAGCCUACGAACUCUCAGAACCCUGUCAUUUAAAUGUGGUCAUUAAAGGGCUACCUGCAGUUGCUACAUCAAUUUUAAAUAAUGAUAUGUACCCAUUAAUUCUUGAAAAAUAGAAUUUAUGCAGUAUGCAGAAAUCGCUCCGCCAUUUCCUGAUUGCUAUAAUUGUAAUAGCUCACCUAAUUUCAGUUUGAACAAAACAGUAUAGUGUAGAGAAUCAUUGUACCAUCUAAACCCCUGUGAAAUAUAUUUUCCAUAACCAAAAAUGUUGUAUUUUCAGCUGUUUGAAGCUGGUGUACAAAAGUAAAAGACGCAAAAACGAAAUGUAAGAACGGGAAGCAUAGAAAUAGUGCACACAGAACAGAUCUACCCCUUCUUAGAUUUGCGUUCAAAUCUAUAACUAACGUUUCUAUGUGAAAUUGGUCGUCACCCAAAAAGUUAAGUAUGUGUGUGUAUAUAUAUACACACACUCACACACACUACCAGUCAAAAGUUUGGACACACCUACACAUGUAAAAAUGUAUGCACACAUGACUGUAAGUCGCUUUGGAUAAAAGCGUCUGCUAAAUGGCUUAUUAUUAUUAUACUCAUUUGAGGGUUUUUAUUUAUUUGUACUAUUUUCUACAUUGUAGAAUAAUAGUGAAGACAUCAAAAAGUUGAAAUAACACAUAUGGAAUCAUAUAGUAACCAAAAAAGUGUUAAACAAAUCAAAAUAUAUUUUAUAUUUGAGUCUUCAAAGUAGCCAGCCUUUGCCUUUGACAGCUUUGCACACUCUCGGCAUUCUCUCAUCCAGCUUCACCUGGAUUGCUUUUCCAACAGUCUUGAAGGUUCCCACAUAUGCUGAGCACUAUCUUUUCCUUCACUCUGCGGUCCAACUCAUCCCAAACCAUCUCAAUUGGGUUGAGGUCGGGUGAUUGUGGAGGCCAGGUCAUCUGAUGCAGCACUCCAUCACUCUCCUUCUUGGUAAAAUAGCCCUUACACAGCCUGGAGGUGUGUUGGGUCAUUGUCCUGUUGAAAAACAAAUGAUAGUCCCACUAAGCGCAAACCAGAUGGGAUGGCGUAUCGCUGCAGAAUGCUGUGGUAGCCAUGCUGGUUAAGUGUGCCUUGAAUUCUAAAUAAAUCACAGACGGUGUCACCAGCAAAAGCACCAUCACACCUCCUCCUCCAUGCUUUACAGUGGGAACCACACAUGCGGAGAUCAUCCGUUCACCUACUCUGCGUCUCACGAAGACACAGCGGUUGGAACCAAAUCUCAAAUUUGGACUCAUCAGACCAAAGGACAGAUUUCCACCGGUCUAAUGUCCAUUGCUCGCGUUUCUUGGCCAAGCAAGUCUCUUCUUCUUAUUGGUGUCCUUUAGUAGUGGUUUCUUUGCAGCAAUUCAACCAUGAAGGCCUGAUUCCCGCAGUCUCCUCUGAACAGUUGAUGUUGAGAUGUGUCUGUUACUUGAACUCUGUGAAGCAUUUAUUUGGACUGCAAUCUGAGGUGCAGUUAACUAUAAUGAACUUAUCCUCUGCAGCAGCGGUAACUCUGGGUCUUCCUUUCCUGUUGCGGUCCUCAUGAGAGCCAGUUUCAUCAUAGCGCUUGAUGUUUUUUGCGAUUUCACUUGAAGAAACUUUAAAAGUUCUUGAAAUUUUCGGUAUUGACUGACCUUCAUGUCAUAAAGUAAUGAUUCAUUGACAUUUCUCUUUGCAUAUUUGAGCUGUUCUUGCCAUAAUAUGGACUUGGUCUUUUAUUUUUAUUGGCCAGUCUGAGAUAUGGCUUUUUCUUUGCAACUCUGCCUAGAAGGUCAGCAUCCCGGAGUCGCCUCUUCACUGUUGACGUUGAGACUGGUGUUUUGCGGGUACUAUUUAAUGAAGCAGCCAGUUGAGGACCUGUGAGGCGCCUGUUUCUCAAACUAGACACUCUAAUGUAUUUGUCCUCUUGCUCAGUUGUGCACCGGGGCCUCCCACUCCUCUUUCUAUUCUGGUUAGAGCCAGUUUGCGCUGUUCUGUGAAGGGAGUAGUACACGGCGUUAUACGAGAUCUUCAGUUUCUUGGCAAUUUCUCGCAUGGAAUAGCCUUCAUUUCUCAGAACAAGAAUAGACUGAUGAGUUUCAGAAGAAAGUUAUUUGUUUCUGGCCAUUUUGAGCCUGUAAUCAAACCUACAAUUGCUGAUGCUCCAGAUACUCAACUAGUCUCAAGAAGGCCAGUUUUAUUGCUUCAUUUAAUCAGCACAACAGUUUUCAGCUGUGCUAACAUAAUUGCAAAAGGGUUUUCUAAUGAUCAAUUAGCCUUUUAAAAUGAUAAACUUGGAUUAGCAAACACAACGUGCCAUUGGAACACAGGACUGAUGGUUGCUGAUAAUGGCCCUAUGUAGAUAUUCCAUUAAAUCAGCCGUUUCCAGCUACAAUAGACAUUUAAAACAUUAACAAUGUCUACACUGUAUUUCUGAUCAAUUUGAUGUUAUUUUAAUGGGGGGGAAAUUGCUUUUCUUUCAAAAACAAGGACCUUUCUAAGUGACCCCAAACUUUUGAACUGUAUAAUUAUUAUUUUUUACACACAUGGGAGUAAAACAGAAAGUAAAUGUAAACCAACACUAUAGAGCCUCAAAUUGUUAAAACUAUCAUUUUGAUAUCAUGGAUGAUCAGUUGUUGCAUCCAUAGCUCUGUCCAUCCCUCAGCAUUUUACAGAAAAGGGUGGGGAGAGGCUUUGUUAUGGCUGCUUUUGCACUGCCCUCCAUUCUCCCUCUGACCUCUCUGCUUCUCCAAUCACUUCCACUUACCAUUAACCUCUUUCUCUCCCUCUUAUCUCCCCUGCCUUUCUCUUUCACAACCCUUCCCCCCCCUCUCUCUGUACCCCGCCCCCCCUCUUUGUUCCUCAGUCGCCGUAGUAAAUGGGACCAGCCGGGCCCAGGUCCUGGUUCAGACCAGAUGGGGGAGGCGGAGGCGACUCCUACGGGGGCUCUGGACGCUGCAGCUGCUGUGGCAGCUAAGAUCAACGCCAUGCUGGUAGCCAAGGGCAAGCUCAAGCCCUCCCAGAUAGGACCCCCUGGACCGACUGGACCCCCAGACAGGGUAAGGGUAAGGAAACCUCUUACACUGAAAACAAACUGUUUGUCUCUCACCUGUAAUUUCUCUUCUCUCUGUCUUUGUUGUCUGUCCCUUUCUCGCCUACCAAUUCUGUAAUCCCCUCGCUCUUCAUCUCUCUCUUUUAGAGAGAUAUUGUUGUAAUUGUUAGCAUGCGGUACAUAUAAAAAUGAAUCUUUGUCGUCACCAGCUUGUGGGUGCAGGGAAGCCCCAGCCCCCUAUGAAAACGAAGGAUGACCUGGUGGUGGCGGAGGUGGAGAUCAACGACGUUCCUCUCCCCUGCCGGAACCUGCUGACCCGCGGACAGACACAGGACGAGGUCAGAGCCCAUGACAUCAUUAUGAUCUUUAGACCCAUUGAUUGAUUGAUUGAUUGAUUGAUCGAUCUGGUCAACAGUCAAACUUACUGCUAUGUUUAUCCAGCUCUUUCUCUGUGUGACACGUACAUGUACAGACUGGAUCAGUGUCAUGUAAACCAAUAUGGGACUUAGUGUCUCACUUGAGGACAGUAAAUGACCAGCUUCUACUUCAUUCUAUUGUGUGAAGAUCAGCAAAGUGAGCGGUGCUGCUGUGUCCACCAGGGGGCGAUACAUGGCAGCAGUGGAGAAGUACAAGGCUCCACAAGGGUGAGUCCUGCUUCACACUUGCUUUAUUACCACACUGCUCUACCAAGGAGGUUACUGGUUACUUGCUAUUUACUUUUGUCCAUACAGACAAUUAGAUCUGUUGUCUGAUUGCAUCGUACAACCAAAGCUUAUGCUACUGACUGACUGCUUCUCUCUCUGUCGUCAGGGACCGACCCCUCUAUCUCCACGUCCAGGGCCAGACCAGGGAACUUGUCGACAGUCAGUACAUCUCUAUUUACCUGUACUAAUUUGAUUUAAGAUGAUCAUCAUUUCUGAACAUCAGGAUCACCAGGGUCCUUCUUUCCUGAAUUUCUAUGUUGUGACGAUCCAGUCCAUCUCUCGCUCUCUCCAGGAGCUGUGAACCGCAUCAAGGAGAUCAUCACGAACGGAGUGGUGAAGGCUGCCACCUCUUCCUACAGCGGAACCGGAGCCACAGUCCCAGUCUACCAGCAACACAAACCCCCGCCCCCCUCACUGCCCCCCAUCAACCACCAUCACAGACCACACUUCCAGUCUGGGGUAAGCAGUGUUUUCCACAACUACAUAGAGUAGCCAGCCAAAUAGAAAAACUAGCCAGCCAGGGCAAUGGAAUUUACUAAAAAUGUAUGAAUUAGUUGUUUGGGAUAUCGUCUAGGCUUAUAUGAUCAGGACUAUUUUCUAAGUAAGAGGAUCAUUUAACACGUCUUCUCUUGAGAUUAAAGUGUUAUUUACAGUGACUUUACCGUCAAUCUGGCAAGCCCCGACAUCUUAGGAAAGUAAACCUAGGGAAUCCUUUGGUUUACUCGUCCCGAUCCGAUACCAUGGACAUAUAACCACGUUGCAUGAUUUCUGAAUGGCGAAGGGACAUAGGAGAUCGACUUUAUUCAGUCAAUUUAACACUUUUUAUAAACUAGUCAACACUUGCUGUUCAGUUGUCAAUCAAAGCACAGUAAAUAUUCUACUAUGGGCCACGGUUCCGCAUGGCUGGCUAUGUGAAACACGCAAAAUAAAAUAAUGUGCCAGAAGACAAUAAUUAGGCUAAGUCUUGGAUUUCGUUACCGCUUACAUUACCUGGGACGUGCAAAUUCACGAGCAUCGUGCUUUCUCUUUCCUCCGUGUAAAGAAAUUCGACUGCAACCAACCACAGCGCACAGAAAUUGUACCGGGAGGCGGGACAGACAGCAGACUGCAUUUCCCUGCCAUUGCUCGCUUUGUGACUGACAGGCACCUAUCCUAUCAAUAGAUCGCUAGAAGAUGCAUAUUGUUCUAUCAGGAGAAGGCUCGAGGGACUAGCGAAUUGUAACGUUUAAAUGGAAAGUGUCCUAGUUAAUAUGAAGUGGAAAAAGUAGCCGGCUGAAAAUGAGUCUUUAACCGGCUGAUUAACUAACGGCCGGCGCUAAUGGGAAAACAGAGUUUGUGUGUGUGAUUGUCGUUCAGUGUGUGUCAAUGUUAUUUUGUGAGUGUGUCAGGUGGGGGGGUGGGAUCCAAGCUGAACAGUCCCUUUUCAUGUAUAUCUCUUCAAAAAUACAUUUAUCCAAUCAAACUAAACCAUAUUCCUCAUUCAUGAAUCUAUAAGACUCACAUCCAUAUCCUUCUCCUUCCAGAUGCACUAUGUGCAGGACAAGUUGUUUGUGGGUCUGGAGCAUGCCAUCCAGGGCUUCUCAGUAAAGGAGAGGGUGGAAGGGCCAGGCAGCUCCUACCUGCAGCACAUCCAGGCUGAGACCGGGGCCAAGGUCUUCCUCAGGGGGAAGGGAUCCGGCUGUCUGGAGCCCACCUCUGGGCGAGAGGCCUUCGAACCCAUGUACAUCUACAUCAGGUAAGUCUCAUGGACUAGACUCAUGUUAAUCUGUUUAAACUCAGAGGGCCUAGAACCAAUGUACAUCUACAUCAGGUAAAUAGCAGUAUUAAUAGAUAGUCUGGGGGACUAAAGUCCAUGUUCACUUGUAUUAGCUCAGAGACACAGAGCUUAGAAGCCAGGCACACCUUAACUCCUCUCUUCCCCAGUCAUCCCAAACCAGAGGGCCUUGCUGCAGCUAAGACCCUGUGUGACAACCUGCUGCAGACGGUGAGUGUCUAAUGGUUUACUGACUGGGACUCGGUUCUUUGUUCCCUGUACACUGCUCUACUUUCAGCAAAGCCGUGUUUUAAAGCUGUCCCAUGUGAAGUGCAUUGUAUUAUUCAGAUGGGUUCUGUUUGCCAUGUGGAUCGGUGACUGUUGUCUCUUCCCUCCAGGUUCAUGCAGAGUAUUCUGGCUUCCUCAACCAGAUGAGUGCCAUGAUGCCUACUCCCGGUACACACAAACAUACUCUCUCACUUUCUUUCUUUUUUAGAAUCUCUUGGAUGUGUCAUCACGUACUGACAUGUUGCUCUUUCUCUCCUCGUCCAGGCUUUAUGCAGCCCCCCAUGGCCAACGGGAUGCCCCCCCAGCCCUCUUACUACCCCCCAGCAGGGUACCAGCCCAGCUACCCCCUCCCUGUACCUCCCCCUCAGCCCCAGCCCAUUCCUCCCCCCUAUGCUGUGCCCCCUCCCAUUCCCCCUGGGGUGCCCGCCGGUCUCCCCCCUCCCAACCGGUACGCCCCCCCCCCAUGCACCUGUCAGUUUACAACAGGUAAGACUUUGUAUAGACCUAUAAUACUGUACUUUGAGAUUAUUACAUCAGAGUUAUGAAACUAGUUGAGCAAACAUUCUCUUUUGAUAGGUUGUAUAUAUGAUGCAUUGAACAUGCAUUGCAUCAGUUGGUUUUUUUCCCUUUUUGUCUCCAGACUCUCCCACCUGCUCCUUUCCCACCCGCCGCUCCGGUUCCGCCCAAAGCUCCGCCUCCCGUGGUCUCAGCCAAUCCGCCACAGAAGAGACGCUUCACUGAGGAGGUGCCAGACGAGAGGGACAGCGGUCUGCUGGGAUACCAGGUGAUUUAGCUCUCUCAUUCUUUUAUUCUUCCAUCUUUCUUAUGUCCUGCUGUCGUCCCGUCUGUCCAUUCUGCUUCUAUCAUUGUCUUCUCUCCAUGUAUCUGAUAUCUGUUCCUCGUUCUGUUAGUGAGAAUCAUACAAAUGAAUUCAGUCUGUCUCUUGUCUGUAAAUCUGUGAGUCUGCACUCUAUAGAAAAGGUUUGCUUGUUGAGUGAGUGAGAUUGAAUGGGCCUAAGUGUCUGUCUGUUCAGUGUCAACUUGUUUUUUUUCCCCUAGUAGAUUUUAUGACGUUCAUUGUAACCAUUAGCUGUUAUUAUCUGAGUCCCUGUAUUAUUGGAUUAUUAAAACUUUCAGAUUAUGGAGAUUCUGAAAAGGUAUUGUUGGAUAAUCAUCAAAUGUACUUCAAUAUAUUGAAAUUAGGGCCGGGACGAUACUAGUUGGUAUCAUGGCAAGGAAACAAAACACAAAGCAGAUUUAGCUUCUUUAGGAAAACAGCCCUAAUGUUGGAAACCAACAUCAUUAUGUUGUCAACCAGAGUCACAUUUUAUUUAUUUUCCAAGCUAUAGCACACAAUAUUUUACAUACAGCAGGUUUUUAAAGGACCAAAGAGUUAGAUCUGCUUCGUGUUUUCAUUUUUGCCAUGGAAAAAAUAUUGCAAUACUGGUAUCGUCACAGCCCUAAUUGAAAUGUGUCCACUUGAUUUAAUGAUAUGUUACAUUAAUACAGUUCAUUCCUAUUUUCUGAUUAUGUGCAAUCGGAGCAUGCAUAAAUGUAAAAUAUAAUUUUUAUUCUCAACUGCUUAAAUAAAGUGUAGUGAAAAGGAAAAAACAUUUUGGGAUUAAACUUUGCAUCUCAGUUACAUUCAAUAGUUUAGAUAACUGUGCUUACUUGCAUAGUUUUCUCAUGUAGGCCUACUAUCAAUAAUAGUAAUUUAGGGGAGGGGCUACUUGGGAGGAUGUGUGCUAAUGCGCCUGUGUGUUUUUCUGCUCAUAGCAUGGACCCAUUCAUAUGACUAAUUUAGGUGCAGGCUUCCCUGUGGGCAGCCCCGGCCCCGAGGCUUCAGGACCCCCGCCACAGAGUUCCUCCGGGCCGCCGAGGGAGAGGGACAGGUACGAGAUGGGGGAGACGAGUCGCUCUCCUUUAAAACAGUGUUCUUCAUUCCAGAUGCUGGACACACAGGCUUUUGUUUGCUUGUGAUUGAUGUUGAGAAAAAACAAAAAAGUGGUUGUCCCACUGGCUAUCAUAAGUUGAAUGCACCAAUUUGUAAGUGGCUCUGGAUAAGAGCGUCUGCUAAAUGAUGUAAAUGUAAAAUGUUGUGCAACACUGAUCUCUCUCUCUCUCUCUCUCCCUCCCCCAGCAGUAGGCAGUUGAUGCCUCCACCACCCAUUCCGAUGAACGGAGGCGUGACACCCAAGAUGGAGGAGAGGAGGCCACUGCAAGGCCCCCUGGGUAAGGGCCCCACCCCCCCCCCUCCAGCUCUGGUUGUCCUCCACCCCUCCCCAUCCAUGGCCUCUCAGCCAUAAGCACGCUGCCCACCCCCCUUGGUUGUCAGUAGUCUGAGUCAAAUAGCAUUUUGCAUGCAGACAUGCUGUUCUCACAAGUGACAUACCAGGUUAUAGCAAAUUACAUCAGACAGGCAUAGUGUUCCUCGAUAAGUUCUGAGUUGAAAGUUCGUAGAAAGUCAGUCAGUUCAGAAUCAACAACUGGGCUAAGCUUCGAUCCCCCACUGCCUCAAGUAACUCUGUCAUUGAUCCUAAAUCAACCCCUAGCCCUAGGCACUGUGUAGGUCUGAGAGGAUUUGAUAGGUGUAAACAAUAUGUUGCAAAUUGCAAUUUGCCUUUAAAAGGGCAAGGUGGAGUUAUUACCAUACUGCUUACACCUGUUAUUUGAUCAUGUGAGAUCUAGGAGGUGUCUAGGGGGGCUAGGGAUGAAUUUGAGAUUGGGAGUCCACCUCUUUCGCUCUAGCCGGUGCUGUCCCUUCGCCGGCCGUCCCUUUCUGAUGACGUCAUCAGACUGGAGUGUCUGUGCCCGUGUGUGACCCCCUCACUAACAAGACUCUCUCUUUUUUUGUGUUCUUUCUCUGUGUUUUUCUUCUCUUCCAUGUCUCUCUGGGGGGGAUGCCGGAUGGGGGUGGGGCUCUUCUCCUGUGGCGCUGUCCUGCAUCGUGAUUGGACGGCUCUAAUGCUGCCGCUCCCCACCGACCAAUGACUGCCGCUGCUGACACAUGCCCCUCCUCUACCUAACUCACCCCUGCUGCCAAACACAAUGCAAUCUAUUAACUGUUUGUCUCUCCCUAUCUGUUGGUAAACAAUUAACUUCCAACUGUUGUUUAUGAAACCCUUGUGCUGGUCUUUGGUUGUGUUCUUUCUCUGUGUGUAUGUGUACCCCCUCUCCCCCCUCUCUCUCUCUCUCCCCCCUCUCUCCUCUUUCUCCCUCAUUCCUCCCCCACCCCUCUCUCCUCUUUUUCCCUCAUCUCUCUCAGAUACCUCAGUGAAGAGGAUGAAGACGGGGCUUGUGGCUUAUGCUGGUGACUCCUCGGAUGAAGAGGAGGACCACUCCACCCCCAAAACCUUGGGGGCAGGUAACCAUGGUAACGUCGCUGGGGCACACCACUCCACCCCCACGUCAUCCUCGGGCUGGACUCUGGGGUACCGCUGCCCCCCUCCGCCUCCCCAACGUGCCAAAACACAACAGGCACAGUCACAGCAGCCCAUGCCCUUCUGGAUGGCCCCAUAA